AUGUUUUCCCUGUCAGAGCUGGUCUGUCUCAAUGAGCGUCAGAGCAGGUUCGAACUGUUGAAGCCCUGGUGGGAAGUCUUCAUGGACCACCUGGUGAUCCUGAUGCUGAUGGUGUCAGUUCUGGCUGGCACUGUGCUGCUGUUGCGGGACCGGGUGGUGUGCCUCCCCCUCGACCCCAACACCACCCCCAAUACCAUCAGCCAAAGUUCCUCAGCUAGUGGUGAUGUGGCGCUGGCCUGUAAUUCUGACAAGCCAUCUUCAAAGGACAGUUCCCAGGUCCCACAGGACAGCAGCCCAAAUGGUUCUCCUGCGCAGGGCAGACGGACCCAUCUAGACUAUCAGCAGUACAUGUUUGUUAGCCAGGUGUGCUACAAUGAGGUUUUGCCUUGGUAUUCCCGCUUCUUCCCCUACGUUGCCCUGCUGCAGUCUUUAGUGCUGCUCGCCAGCGGCUCCUUCUGGUUCCACUUCCCCCUCACCUCUGCCCGUAUUGAACACUUCCUGGCCAUCCUGGGAAAGUGCUGCGAGUCACCAUGGACGUCCCGUGCCUUGUCCCAUGCCGCCCGUCAGGAGAACAUGGACAGCCAGCAAGAGGAGGAGGCGGAGAGACGACAUCCCCAACCUCCUUACCUUUCAACUUCAUCUAUACCCCCAGUGCCAUAUGCAAGACAUUCAAGCUUGGACUCAGGCACAGACAGCCCCCUUUUGAAGAGGUCGGAGACUGUGUGCGCCGCCAACCCUCUCCUGCCAUGCCCAUCUUCACUCUCCUAUAAUUUCUCCAUGUCAGCUAUGUCCUUCGCCUCUGAAGUGCACGUUCCAGUGUCCAGGCCCUCGGUGGUGCUGCAUGACAGCCCGAGGCAGCUAGUCACCCUGGAUCGGAGUGAUGGGGAACAAGCCAGAGCACUGUUUGAGAGAGUCAGGAGGUUUCGCUCUCACUGUGAAAGCUCAGAUGUCAUUUACAAGGUGUACUUGGCUCAAACUAUAUUCAAAUUGCUUAUGGUAAUAUUGAUAGUGGGGUACACCAUCCCUCUUCUUGGCACAAUCUCCUUCACUCAUAUCUGUCACCCUGAGGAGCACUUUCUGGUGGGCUACAGCACCUUUGAGUGCACCCAUGUUCUCGCCUCCCUACUACACAAAAUGCUGGUGGCCUACUUGACCCUGCUGGGGCUGUAUGGCCUGCUGAACCUAUACACCCUCAUCUGGAUUUUACACAGCUCCCUGCGGCAGUAUUCUUUCCAUGCACUGAAGGACACAUGCUCCUUGAGAGAUGUACCCAACCUAAGCAACGACCUGGCCUUUCUUUUACACAUGGCAGACCAGCACGACCCUUUGCUGUCCUGGCGUCUGUCUGUCUUUUUGUCGCCUGUCAGUGAGACGAGGCUGCUGGAGGAGAACCUGCAGAGACGCUGGGGACCGGAGAAGCUGCGCUCCAUGACCACUGUGGACGCAGAGGGCCGGUCCAGACUGCAGCUGGUGGCCCUGCCUUGCCUGCCUCCAGCCGUCUUCACCCUCAGCCAGCUCCAAGUUCUCAAACUGGAUCUCCUCACGGAUGCCAAGUUCACUGCGCAGGUGGCAAAUAUGACCUCGCUCAGGGAGCUCCACCUCUAUCACUGCACUGCCGCUGUGGAUCCAGGUGCUCUGGGUGUCCUCCAGGAACGGCUGGAGACCCUCCACCUCACCUUCACACAGGCAGCAGAGAUCCCUGGCUGGGUCUACUCCCUUCACAGCCUGCAAGAGCUCCACCUCUCUGGAUGCCUAGGCUGUGAGAGUGGGGUGGGCCGUGGCUGGGCACUGGGCAGCCUUCGCCAGUUACGCCACCUUCGCGUGCUUGUGAUUCAAAGCAUGUUGCAGCGGGUCCCUGGGGAGCUGUGUGAGGUGGCAGGUAGCCUAGUGAGGCUGGAGAUCCACAAUGAGGGCUCCCAGAUGCUUGUGUUGAGAGGCCUGAGACAGAUGGCCGGCCUUACGGAGCUGCACCUUCAGGGCUGCCAACUAGAGCGCUUGCCCUCUGCCCUUUUGGCUCUGACCAACCUGCGGACACUGGACCUGCAGCAUAAUAACCUGAGAACCCUGGAGGAGUUGCUUAGUCUGGCACAUCUCCGACGUCUUUCUUGCCUCAGACUUGCCGAUAACCGUGUGCUGGCUCUGCCGGCCACUAUUGGUGUACUGCAGGGCCUAGAGCUCCUGGAUCUGACUAACAACCAGCUCCAGAGCCUUCCCCCAGCCCUCUUCACUCUUCACCACCUUCGCAGGCUCCUGCUGGCUGGCAACCUGUUGGAAGAGCUGCCUGCACAGGUGAAGGCGCUGCAGUUGCUCACAGAACUGGACCUCAGUGGGAACAGGCUGGAGAGACUACCCCCAGAGCUCUUCAGUAGUUGUUUGGAGCUUCGCAUUUUAAAUGUGUCUCUCAACUCUCUUAGUUCAUUACCCACUGGGCUUGGGGCUUUAAGCCAGCUGUUCAGGCUGGACCUGCGCAGGAACUGUCUGGAGGAGCUGCCUGAGGAGUUAGUCUACUGCUCCGGCCUGUAUGGAGGAGGUCUUCUGGUGGAAGACUGUCUGUUUCAGUUGUUGCCUUGUCAUGUGAGGGACUGUCUGAGCCGAUCUUGCCCCCCCUCUGGUAAAUCUUCAGAGUUGCACUCCCGGCCAGAGUCAGGGGGAGACGGUUUUCCCUACUUCUCUGCCACACAGUGGAGAUUCUCCUCCGCUAUGGAAUCACGCAUAUAG